AUGUACAACUCGGCGCUUUGGAAGGCGCUGAGCGCCGUGCUGCUAUGUGUUCUGUUGAUACAGCUGUUCAGCAUUCGAUCGUGGACUGAAUUCCCCGAGCGCAUCUUUCAGAACCCUCCGCCGUCGAGUACCGAAUCGACACCUGCUGCAGACAACAAAGUGCCAGAAACCGAACUCGAGGUCGAGACGUCACCCGAACCCAAAGUCGAAUCUUGGAGCUACGAGUGGGAACGUGAUCGCAACAACCAUGGACUCACCAAGGAACAAUGCGACAUUGCCUUCCCCGAGCUCUACAACGAAAUCGAUCGAGCGGUGGAAUAUUGGAAAGACAGGAAGAUCACUCCACAGAGCAUAGACUUGGUGGACGGAAACGAUGGAGGUGUCCGAGUCCUUAUUCACGAUCAACAGCUUCGCAUCAUCAACACACGAGGAUUGUUCAGGAAGGAUUUUCGGCAUAGAAUCAUAGCGGUACUUCAGCAGCUUCUGAGAGCUUUGACAGCGGCAGAAUCGGCCAACGAACCUAUCCCCGACGUCGAAAUGACCAUCAUCGUAGACGACAAGCCUGUACUUGAUCCCGCGAAAUCCAGCCCACUCUGGGCGUUUACAAGAGCAUAUGCAGAUCCAAAACAUGACGACCUUUGGCUGACGCCUGAUUUCCAUUUCUGGGCGAACCCUCCGGAAAACGAAGGGUUUCGGCAAAUGCAGGAGAGGGCCAGGAAACAUGAUGGGCCCCUCAAUAGAAAGAUUCCAAAACUCGCAUGGCGCGGUGUCUCGUGGACAAACCCUGAGAUCAGGAAGCCGUUGCUCAAUGUGACGGAUGGCAAGAAAUGGGCAGACGUGGUGGAGAUGAAUUGGGAUGUUCCUCAGGACAUUCUGCCCAUGGACGCGUUUUGCAAAUACCGAUACGUCGUCAAUACCGAGGGACGUUCAUGGUCCGCUCGAAUGACCCACCUCCUCAACUGCGACUCCUUACUGUUUGUUCACGAUGUCGAAUGGAUCGCCCACUACUAUCACUUACUCGACACGGACAUGAACUGUGUCAGGGUCGAACGAGACUUUGCAGACCUGGAGGAGAAGAUUCAAUACUUCAGCAACCACACUCAAGAAGCGCAGAUCAUCGCCAACACGGCAAAGAUAACAUUUCGAGAAAGGUAUACGACACCAGCAGCGACGGCAUGCUACUGGAGAAAGCUUCUCCGUUCUUGGGCCACAGUCUCCUUUACGCCAGCCACCAAAGUAGUGAUGAAGGGCAAGAAUAAGCAAAAGGUGGAGAGACCUCGUGGGGUUUCUUUCGAAGAGUUUAUUGUUCACGACAACACACAGGACUACCCGUACAAAGUUGAACAGCACCCUUGA